AUGGCGGAUGGCAUGCUGAGUUCCGGUCGGUGCGAGAGGCUGGGAUUUGAGGAGACUGAGCUGAGGCUCGGCAUCGGGCUGCCAGGCACCGGAGAUCAGAAGAGCAUCGGUAGCUACGGCAAGCGAGGGUUUGCCGAGACUGUGGAUUUGAAGCUCAAGCUCUCGAGCAAGGAGAUCGGCGAUUUGGAUCGGGGUGGUUUGGAGAGGAAGGAUCUGUGCAAGGAGAAGAAUCUCAUGCCUUCUCCGACUGAAUCUGCUAGGCCUCCGGCUAAGGCGCAGGUGGUGGGCUGGCCGCCGGUGAGGUCCUUCAGGAAAAACGUGAUGGCGGUUCAGAAGAAGAGUGAGGCGGAGGAUGCUGAGAAGGUGGCCGCCGCCGGCGGCGGCGGAGGCGGCGGCGCCGCAUUUGUGAAGGUGAGCAUGGACGGGGCUCCGUACCUGCGGAAGGUGGACUUGAAGAUGUACAAGGCUUAUCAGGAGCUGUACGAUGCCCUGGGCAAAAUGUUCAGCUCUUUCACCAUGGUGAAAUGUGACUCGGAAGGGAUGAUGGACUUCAUGAACGAGAGCAAGCUGAUGGACCUUCUGAACGGCUCUGAUUAUGUGCCGACCUACGAAGACAAAGAUGGAGAUUGGAUGCUUGUCGGCGAUGUCCCUUGGGGGAUGUUUGUUGAAUCAUGCAAGCGCCUUCGUAUAAUGAAAGGAACAGAAGCCAAGGGACUUGCACCUCGAGCCAUGGAGAAAUGUUGGUAUCGGGUCAGACUCUUGGAUAGGCGACGCUUCUCCUCGGCGGGCUCUCGAUUUUCCCCUUCCGCUUGGUUUCUCCCAUAUCCGAGAGCCAUGACGGAUGUAGGUGGGAGGGUCGAUGAUUCGCCGGAGGUUUCGCAGUGA